CUCGAACAGCUGUUGAACAAAAAAGUUGGGAGUUUUUAACAUUUUUUAACACGUUUCGUGAAUUUCGUGAGUAAGAUAAAGGUGAUACGAGCAAAAUAAACUCAUUGCCAACUUCCGCCGUGGUGCUCGUUGAAAAAGUAAUCCUCUCGACCUUACAAACCGUGGAAACUCCGUUGAGGGGGGGAACUUUCUUUUUUUACUGUCCGUCGUUGGCUUCUUGAUAGUUCCGAGCGGAAAUAAUGCUGGCUUCCGCUGCUACUUGCGAAGACCACAACAGCCGUGCAGCGUAUCCACGUCGUUAGGAGAGCUGGAGGAUCAUCAGAUCGGUCUGAUCGUUGGCGCGCUUCCUACGCAAAAUCGCAGCCCACCAGGAUGAGCUUCACCUUCGGAUCCUCGGCGAUGAUGACGGCGGCCAGCGGCAGUAGCUGCAGUCUCGCGGCGCUCGGUGAGAUGGAACAGAUCAUCUGCCAGCUGGAACGCGGCACUCUCAUACAUAAGUUCUAUCCCCGGAAGCGACCGGAGAAGAAAACGCUUAUGCUGCGUCGUGAAACGCGCCAGAUCAUCUGGUCCUCGGUGCAGACCAACGGGCGGAGCAACUACGAAGGGUCGUUGGAGUUGCGCGAGGUGAAGGAAGUGAGGCCCGGUAAAAAAUCGAAGGAUUUCGAAAAGUGGCCAGAAGAGGCGAAGAAAAGUGAAACGCGCAAAUGCUUCGUCGUGCUGCACGGGAAUGACUUCAAACUGCGCACCGUUUCCAUUGUCGCAUUCUCCGAGAAGGAAGCCGAUAUGUGGCUGAAAGGACUGAAGUACCUCAUUGCCGAUACCAUCACGGCACCGUACUGGCUGCAGAUCGAACGGUGGCUGCGGCGAGAGUUCUACCUGAUGGAAACCAACGGUACGGCUAGUGUGAAAGACAUUCGCUCGUUCCUUCCGAAGAUCAACUGCAAAAUAUCGACCGCCAAGCUGAACGAUGUGUUCCACGAGGUGGACACAAGGCGACGAAGUGAGCUUGCGUUCGAUGAUUUUACGCGGCUCUACCAACGGUUAAUCCUGUCACCGGCCACACUGCCGGAGUACUUUGACGGUGUACGGCUUGCUCCGUACAGUCAAAACGGCCAAACGGUGACGCUGCAAGAGUUUUGCCGGUUUCUAACCAAAGAGCAGUGCGAGAAGCGUGUUGCCGGAGGUACCGAUGGUGGUGGUGGCGGUGGUGAGGAUGGUCGGUCAACCGUCGAGGAGCACAGUGAGGAGACGGUGGCAAAGUUUAUCAGCGAUUACAUUCAAGACCCGGCACGUGACGUGCGCGAACCUUAUCUACGAUUGCACGAGUUUAUCGAUUUUUUGUUCUCGCGGCAAAAUGAAAUUUGGGAUCGGCGGUGCGAUAGCGUGUACCAGGAUAUGACACGGCCCUUGUCCCACUACUGGAUAUCUUCUUCGCACAACACCUACCUGAUGGGGGACCAGUUUUCCAGUGAAUCAUCGGUCGAAGCGUACGCCCGGGCCCUCCGUAUGGGGUGCCGUUGUAUCGAGCUCGACUGCUGGGAUGGACCGGACAAUAUGCCGCUUAUCUUCCAUGGCCAUACCUUCACGACUCGGAUCAAGUUCCUGGACGUGAUUCGGACAAUCAAGGAGCACGCGUUCGUUACAUCUGAGUAUCCGCUCAUCCUGUCGAUUGAACAAAACUGCUCGCUCACCCAACAACGCCGGAUGGCCCAGGCCAUGCAGGAGGUGUUCGGUGAUCUGCUACUGAUCCAGCCGAUUGACAAAAACGAAUCGCAACUUCCUUCCCCUCAGCAGCUGCGCCGGAAGAUCAUAUUGAAGCACAAAAAGUUGCCAGAAAAUGGAGCCGGUAUGCUGGUGGUAGACGAAAACGGCAAGGAGUCGGCCAUUAUGAUGCGACCAGGCGGACUGGGGGGUGCGAAUGAUGAGGGCGAGCUCGACAUACGCAAUACGGUCAAGAACGGUAUCCUGUACCUAGAGGACCCGGUCGAUAAGGGCUGGAAUGCGCACUUUUUCGUAUUGACACAGCACAAACUAUUCUACACUGAUAGUCAGCGGCCUGAUCGUGACAGCGAAGGACGAGAAGAUGAACGAGAAGAGAACGGUUUUACGGCCGGCCGAGCUCGUGACAGUGCGAUUGUGUCGAACGAUGAGCUGCACUUUGGCGAAAAUUGGUUCCAUGGCAAACUGAGCGGUGGUCGCGAGGAAGCGGAGAAGUUGCUGCAGCAGUUCUCGCAUCUUGGCGAUGGCACGUUUCUGGUGCGCGAAAGUGUCACCUUCGUCGGGGACUAUUGUUUGUCGUUCUGGCGCCAGGGGAAACCCAAUCAUUGCCGCAUCAAGCUGAAGCAGGAUAAGGGCGUUACGAAGUACUAUCUACUAGAGAACGCAUUGUUCGACAGUCUGUACAGCCUGAUCAUGCAUUACCGCCAGAAUGCGUUGCGUAGUGCCGAGUUUUACAUUACGCUCAAAGAGCCGGUCCCUCAGCCGAACAAACACGAGACAAAGGAGUGGUACCAUCAGUCGACGACGCGCGAACAGUCGGAGAUCGUGUUGAACCAGGUACCGCAGGAUGGUGCGUUUUUGGUACGCCCUAGCGAGAAGGGACCGAAGGCAUUUGUUAUAUCGUUCCGAGCACACGGAAAGUUCAAACAUUGCCGAAUACGGGUGGAAGGCCGAUUGUACGAGAUGGGUGGCAUGGAGUUUGAAAGUUUGGUCGAUUUGGUCAAUUUCUACAUCAAGCACCCACUAUACCGGAAGGUGACGCUUACCUAUCCCAUCCCUCGUGAAAUGAUACGUCGCAUCAACACGAUGGAUGUACCGGAGGAGAGUGGCGCCUAUGGUUACAUGGAUCCGGCGAUGGUAACGAAUGAAAACGUGACCGUCAAGGCCCUCUACGAUUAUAAGGCACAGCGUGACGAUGAGCUGUCGUUCUGCAAGCAUGCCAUCAUCAGCAAUGUGGUGAAGAAGGGCUCGGACUGGUGGACGGGUGAUUACGGUGGCAAACGGCAGCACUAUUUUCCGGCCAACUACGUGCAGGAACUGAUCGCUACCGACGAUGGUACGCUCGUGGAUGAUACGGCCGCGAACGAACCGCUAAUGCUGGGUAGCUUACAGAAGGGUUCACUCGAUGUGCACGGUGCGGUGGUGGAGCUAGCCUACGCUACCCAUCAGCAGAUCGAGUGGAUUCUACGCAUCCAGAACCCUACCAUGCAGAACGUGUUCGAGGUGGGCGUGCAGACGAAGGAGCUGGCGCUCGAGUGGAUGAACGCCAUAAAGGAGGCGGCCCAGAACGCGAGCGUACUCGAAAACGAGCGGCGCAAGAUGGAGCGCAAUUCGCGCGUUGCCAAAGAAAUGUCCGAUCUCAUCAUCUACUGUCGCAGCGUCCCGUUCAAGCACCACCCGGCGACCUGGGUGUUCUACGAGAUGUCCAGCUUCCCGGAGACGAAAGCUGAAAAGUACUUUCUGCAGCCGGAAACACGAGCACUGUUCGUACGCUACCACCGGCAGCAUCUGAGCCGGGUGUACCCGAAGGGACAGCGGCUAGAUUCGUCGAACUAUCACCCGACCGCGCUCUGGAACUGUGGAUCACAGAUGAUUGCGCUGAACUUCCAAACACCGGACAAACCGAUGCAGCUGAAUCAAGCCAAGUUUCGCGAUAACGGUGGCUGUGGCUAUCUGCUAAAGCCGGACUUUAUGUUCCGCGACGAGUUCGAUCCGACUGAUUCGAACACACUGGUUGGCGUUGGUGAGGUGAUCGUGAACGUGCGUAUCAUUGGCGGUCGGAAUCUGUGCAAGGUGAGCCGUAACGUUACCAGCCCGCUGGUAGAGGUCGAGGUGCUAGGUGCGGCGUUCGACGCGGGCGUUAAACAUCGCACACGAGCCAUCGCCGAUAAUGGAUUGAAUCCGAUCUGGAACGAGAUUUGCGAGUUUCGGAUAGCGAAUCCACACUUUGCGAUGCUGCGGUUCGAGGUGCAGGACGAGGAUAUGUUCGGUGAGCCGAACUUUAUCGGACAGGCCGUCUUCCCACUCGGUGCCAUCCGAACCGGCUACCGCAGUGUACCUUUGCGCAAUAAGUACAGCGAAGAGCUCGAGCUGGCCACACUGCUGGUACACACCAGCAUUCGACCACUGCAGACGGAAUGAUCCAACAUAGAAGGGAUAGUUCGGCAGAUCCGCUCUCUGGUGCAUUAAACUUCCGGAAAUGAUUGGAUUGAAGGUGUUGCUGUCUGAGUGCGUUCGUGUGUGUGUGUUUGUGUGCGAGUGUGAUAGGAUUUUAGACACAAUUUUAGCAUUUUCGUUCUCUUAUCCAACGAAGCAGUAUUUAAAAACAAAUGAUUGGAGAAUCGAGUUUUCACGGAACAGGGAUCCGGGGAAGGGAUAUGUGUACAAUGCGCGCAACGCGUAACAAUCGAAUGUGCCUACUAUAUAUAUACACACAUAUAUACAUACAUCGUACAUUUAUAUACCUAGAUAUCUCUCUAGAGGCCUAUACAUACACGUAUGUAGUACAUACCUAUUUACACGAUUUAUAUUGGUGGCGCGUUGCAAUGAGCGUUUCAAUGACGAACUUCCAUCUGGAACGAACUUCCGGUUAUUUACUCACACCGAUGGGCGACGAGGUUGCACAAAAGACAAUUUGCAAACGAAUUGGACAGAAUCGCACUAGUUGAAUUACUGCAGCUGUACAAGGCAGCUUGUUUGUUUUAGUCCAUACCGACAGGAAGAAAUGGAUGAUCCGUAUCAUGGCGCAGCAUAUGAGCAAUAAAUAAAUGUUUGUUUAACCACGUGCA